AGGGCGGUGGCCGCCGCGCGGAGCCGGUUCGCGGUGGUAGGCGGAGGCAUCGCGGGGGUCACCUGCGCCGAGAAGCUGGCUACAGAAUUUCCAUCAGAGGACAUUUUUUUAGUGACAGCAUCUCCAGUUAUAAAAGCUGUAACAAACUUCAAACAGGUCUCUAAAACACUUGAAGAAUUUGAUGUAGAGGAACAACCAAGUUCUCUGCUAGAAAAGCGGUAUCCGAAUAUUAAAGUUAUACAGUCUGGAGUAAAACAAUUGAAAAGCGAAGAGCAUAAAAUUUUGACUGAAGAUGGGAAGGAGUAUAUAUAUGAAAAACUAUGCCUGUGUGCUGGAGCAAAACCCAAAUUAAUUUUUGAAGGAAACCCGUAUGUAUUAGGCAUCCGGGAUACUGACAGUGCAGAGGCUUUUCAGAAGAAUUUGGCUCAAGCAGAGAGAAUAGUAGUAGUAGGAAAUGGUGGCAUUGCACUUGAAUUAGUGUAUGAAAUUGAAGGCUGUGAAGUAAUCUGGGCUAUCAAAGACAAAGCAAUUGGGAACACUUUUUUUGAUGCAGGAGCAGCUGAAUUCCUCAUUCCAAAGCUAACUGCUGAAAAACGAGAGACUGCGAUAGCAUGUAAAAGAACCAAGUAUACAAUGGAAGGAAAAGAGAAAAAAGAAAGACCCAUCGCAGAAUCUGACAAACUGGGCAGUGCCUUAGGCCCUGAUUGGCACGAGGGUUUACGCCUCAAAGGCGCUAAAGAGUUUUCUCAUAAAGUACAUAUUGAAAUAUUAUGUGAAGUAAAGCAAAUACUCCUACAGCAAGAAUUUCUACAGCUGAAAUUGACUUCGCUGACUUUUCCCAAGGAAGAGAAAAAUGUAGAAGCAGAUGAUGUUCUAUGGCCUAUAUAUGUGGAAUUAACUAAUGGAAAAGUUUAUGGAUGCAAUUUCAUUGUCAGUGCAACUGGAGUUGUGCCAAAUGUUAAACCAUUUCUCGAUGGCAAUAACUUUGCUCUAGGUGAAGAUGGAGGUCUGAAAGUGGAUGACCGCAUGCACACAUCCAUACCAGACAUAUAUGCAGCUGGGGAUAUCUGCACAGCCUCCUGGGAACCCAGUCCUGUGUGGCAUCAGAUGAGGCUCUGGACUCAGGCAAGGCAGAUGGGAUGGUACGCAGCGAAGUGCAUGGCAGCAGAUACCCUCAGGGAAGAUAUUGAUCUGGAUUUCUGCUUUGAACUGUUUGCUCACGUGACAAAAUUUUUCAAUUACAAGGUGGUGGUUUUGGGAAAAUACAAUGCUCAAGGCUUGGGUUUAAACCACGAACUAAUGCUGAGAUGUACCAAGGGACAAGAGUACGUUAAGGUGGUGAUGCAGAAUGGAAGAAUGAUGGGAGCUGUACUGAUUGGUGAAACAGACUUGGAAGAAACCUUUGAAAACUUGAUUUUAAAUCGCAUGGAUCUUUCAGCCUAUGGGGAAGAUCUCCUGAAUCCAAAUAUUGAUAUAGAAGAUUAUUUUGAUUGAACUGAAUUCCUUUUCUCUUUUGUAUAAAACUUUUUAUGAAACAGUUCACUUGGACUUAGCAGAAAUCAGGGAUA